UUUCUAAUUCUGCUACCCUAAUAUGUUCACUAUAUCACUCGCACUGGACUGCCCUUCGAACGAAAUCCAUUGUUCGAAGCCUCUAUAGAGACUGCACUUGGCACAGCGUUCCGUUGCAACGACAUAGUAUCCACAACCGUAGGAGUCGUCUCGGUUGGUCUAGCCACCAACCUACUUACUCGUUAUCACAAGUUCGGUAGCAUCUACCAGAGUGCAACAGAUCGAUCUCAAAGAUGGACCGCUUACCGGAGGAAGUUGUAUUGCACAUCUUUUCCUACUGUGAGGUGCAAGACAUUGUCCGCCUUCAGACCGUUUCAUGUCGCUAUCUGAAGCUUGGCCGCGAUAAUGCCCUUUGGAAGAUUGACUGCUUUAGUUCAUCACGCGCCGAGGCUCUCAGACGGCGACAGCAGCUCCUAACUGUCCAAUCCCCUCAGCUAGCGGAGCUGCGGAAUGCUGUAACUGCCUUGCCUGGAGCGGAUUUGACCGCUUGGGAUGUGGCUCAGCUACGAGGCAGUACACAACCUCGCUCUUCUGCUGACCCGGAAGCUGAGGCUCGAGUACAGCGUACACGUGCGCUCGUGAACUGGGAGCCUGGUUAUCCGGACGAGCGGCUGAACUAUUACGAGGAGUACAUUCACCGGCAUGCCAGCAUCAACGUGCAUUGGGUAGGUGUACCGCAAUUACGGGCUUCUGACAAGGAUGGUGUUGUCUGUGAAGCUACCGGCACUGGUACGUUGGACAAUGCAGAUGGCAGCGUCCAAACCCUAGUAUCACCUCUGGACGACGGCAGCAUCUGCGUUUGGGAUAUCUCUGAGCGAUCGAGUAGUCACCAAGGCGGUCGGGGGCGACUGAUUCAUCAGACACGCCCGGGUCUGCUCACUGGCAGGGAGGCCGAUGCAACAAGCGAGAGCCGUGCGAUUAUGACAGAGGUAGGUGCUGUAGAGUGCGUUUCCAUUGACAGUACGUCGAGCAAAGGCUACUUCGCGGUUCAGAACUCGCUUCACGAGAUCGACUUGAAUACCAUGCAGGCCGCCUCAACGAAGCAAUAUCCCUUCCCAAUUACAGUGCUGUCGGACGCUAAAGACAGAGUGCCGGUAACAGUGGGAACGAACUGGACGGUGCACUUACACGAUCCCCGAGACCGAGCCUUCAUGCUCUCCGGACCCAAUCCCGCUGGUGAGCUCAUUGGCGGCUCCCAGUACUCGCAUGCAACCCUCGCCCAACCGGGGCCUCUUUCCAUCCUACACGACUCCGGACUCGGCGCCGAUGACAGCUCGAUCUGGGUCGCUGGACGGUUCACUUCACUUCUAAACUAUGAUCGCCGCUUCUUCCCCCGAUUGCGCGGUACUAUACAUUCAGGCGCUCGCAUAGCUUCUCUCAGCUCCCUACCCUACCCGCUUGUGCCGCAAAAUCUGGACCUCAUCCGCAACCCAGAAGCCACCAUUUCAGCCUUGGUUGAAGCGCGCAAUAGACGCGGCACAACGAUCUUAGCUGCGGCCGAGUACAAGGGCAAAGGCUCGCUCGAGCUGUAUGGCUUACCUCGAGUCCAACCGUACCAGAACCGCCAAACAGCUUCCGCAAGUAAGCUGCUGUCUGUGGCACCGCAUGGCGGCCGCAUCGUCUUCUCAGACGGAGACGGUAAUCUGAAGUGGGUUGAGCGAGACGGCUUCUCGCACGUGCGUACCCUCAACAUCAAUGAUACAGCGCCUAUUGGCGAUGGUGGCAGCGGACAGCCAGGUGACGCAAGCGCUUACGGCAUUUGGUCGUCUACUGCUUCGGAGAUGCCUGGGCAAGGCGAUAUCGUGCAAAAGAUUAUAUCAACGCACCCCAUCACUAACUCCACUCUGUCGUAUGAUCAUAGAAGCAGUAGGGCGGACAUCAACCAGUCCAAUCUGAUUCUUUGGACCGGAGAUGGUCGGCUCGGCAUGCUUGGCUUCGGACACAGAAACGCGCUUGACCAUGACGAGAAUGAAGUUGUAGAAGUGCAAGCCGAGAGUGCUGAACAACGCGCCAAGCAAGACGCGGAGAGGCAGUAUGGCAUGGCUAUGCGAAGAGCGUUGGAGAGGAACGCAGACGAGGUGCGGUUCGUGAGAGGCCUGGGUAUGGGGUUUGCAAGGCACUAAGCGGAAUGAUACAAGCAUUUGUUUUUCUAAUAGCCAUCACCGCCAUAUCUGGCUCUCGACAUGCUCCUCAUCGUCGCUCACACUCUCGAAGAGCAGGAACUCUUAUGCCGGUCGCACGUUCCACGCCCGCUCGCUGUCGGCUUCGGAUAAGACAGGAAAUGCAGUGACAGGCCCUUAGCGAAGAUAUGGCACGUCUCCCUUAGCUAGGUAGGUUGAAAUCCUCUAGCUCCACCACGCACCAUCAACUCUUCGCUUCCUGUAUGUGGUACUUCAUGGCUGGGACUUCAGAUACCGUCCGCGAUUGAGCGACAGUCAUGGUGAAAUUAUUGGCUUAAUGCAGAAGCCUCUGAUAGCAGCUACGUACGGCGUCACUAAGGAGCCAAGAUCUCGCACGUUGCCAACUUGCACUUAGCCACGGAAGCCGA